AUGAAUGCUGCUGAGGAACUGGCCAAACAAUGGGAAACAUUACACUUGACAAAAGAAGAGAGCUUGUGCUUUCAUGUUCAACAGGAAGCUACAAGAGGACAUGGGAAUCUAUGCAUUGUUGGAAAGGAACUGGUGGAAAAAAGUGUUAACAGCAAGGCAUUUAGGGUCACCUUGUCUCAGGUAUGGAGGCUGGAGGGCUGGGUCAAGUUCAAGGAACUAGGAGAUCAGUGUUUUCUACUCGAAUUCCAGAAAAUGGUGGACAAAGAGAAGGUUUUGAGUGGACGGCCCUGGUUCUUUGAUAGGAGCUUACUCGCUCUACAAGAAGUGGAUGAAACAAUAUUGAUCAAUGUUCUACAGUUUGCCUACGAGUCCUUCUGGAUUCAACUGCACAACCCUCCCUUAGCCACCAUGACAAAGCUUUUUGGUGAGGCAUUUGCCUCCUCAAUUGGGCCUGUUAUUAGGGUCGAAGUAAGUGCAAAUGGACAUGCAUGGGGCAGAUGCCUUCGUGUUAGGGUGGUGGUAGAUCUGCACAAACCUCUGAUGUGA